CGGCGGCGGAGGGAGAGCAGGAAGGGGAGCGCCGCGGAGAGCGCACCGACGCGGGGAGAGUUUGAGCGCAGCUGCCCGGCGUCGGCGUCCAAGCUGAAGCCUCCCGGUCUUCGCGGUUGCGCGCGGUCAGGCUCUGCGGGCUCUCGCAGGGGUGUGUCGUGGUUUGCACGCGAUGCUGCAGCGGGUUGCUGACAGUCGACUGUUCAGACUUCACUGACGGUACUUACUUCUGGAGGCUUCCACCGUGAACUGCGCGUAGGUCACAGCCUUGCAGCGACCGACCAGGCCGACCCGAGGCCGCCAGAGGAGGCCAGACGGCCGGACCAGGGUGGGCAAAGCUUUACAGCCUUCAGAUUUGCCUGCCACGGUGACAGUACCUUUCCUUGAUCCACAAGUGGGGUGAUAUUCUUCAGUAGUCAAGAUGUCUUCAGCACCUGAGCCUCCAACAGUUAAGAAAGAACCACCAAAAGAGAGGAACUUUGAAAACCCAGGCCUCCGAGGGACACACACAACAACCUUAUUUCGAGCUGUGAAUCCUGAGCUCUUCAUUAAACCUAACAAACCUGUAAUGGCCUUUGGAUUGGUAGCCCUCUCACUUUGUGUGGCUUAUAUUGGUUAUCUGCAUGCAACACAAGAGAACAAAAAGGACCUCUAUGAAGCUGUUGAUAGUGAAGGGCAUCAUUACAUGAGGAGAAAAACAUCUAAAUGGGAUUAAAGUACUGGUUCCUUCAGAUGGAGCCUUAUUACAGGCUCUGAAAUCUUCAAAUGAAAGACUUUAUGAUAGAGUAUGGAAUUAUGCUAAUUGUUUCUUACUCCAUAAUCUGUUAACAAGAGAGACUAUACAGUCGGAAACAGUCCACUGUAGUAAAUUUAGUCCCAUUACAGCUACAGCUAUUAUCUCUUUCUUUUCCCACAAAAGACUUCUCAAUAUUUCUUCUAUGAAAAUGCCAUAAGAAUGGAAGUCUUUUUUUUUCAAGACAGGGUUUCU